GCGAGAUUCUCGCGCGGUUGGCGCCAGUAGCCAUCAUGGCGGACACGCUGCUCCUGGUGCGCAAGCGGGGGCCUAUCCGCUCCGCAUGGAAGCGAACCCGCAAGGCCCGGCCCCAGCUCACCCUCAGCCGCCGGCCCCGCCGCCGGCUCUGGACUCUGCUGCGCUGGUGCGGCCGGAGGCGCCUGCGACGGCGGCUGCUGCAGGCCCAGGCGGCCGGCGCGGACUGGCGGGAGGGCGGCUGCCUGGAGCGGAGCGCGGCGGCGGCGGCGGCGAAGAAGACCAAGACCGCGGUCCUCAGCGCGGCCCCGAGGCAUACCUCGGGCCAGGACUCCGCUCCGAGUCGCUUCCCGAAACUCCCCGUCCGGCUCUUGCGGCCGGCGGGACCCGGCCGCGCGUUGCUACUGCUGCCCCUCGAGCAGUUUUUCACUUUUAGUGGGAUCUGUCGUGUGACGUGCCUUUACGGUCAGGUGCAGGUGUUUGGUUUCACCAUUAGCCAAGGCCAGCCUUCCCGCGAUGUCUUCUCUACCUAUACCCACUCUCGCCUCACUAUCAGUGCAGUUCCUUCCUCGAUGCCUGAGAGAAGCAAGAAGGAGAUGAAAAGGGAAGCCCGAACUCUGCUCAGAUCUCAUCUUAACCAGGAUGACAGAUGUUGGGUGAUGAAGAAUUUUUCUCCUAUGUGUUCCAUUGUGCUGUUGGAAAAUCUGAAAACCUCGACUGUAAACUUUAUAAUCAGCCAUCCAGGUUUAUCUUACAUCUUUGUACAAGAGAGUCUGACUUUCCAGAUUAACGCCGAAUAUUUUGCCUUGAGGUCUGUUGGCAUUAAAAAAGAGAAAAAAAAAAACGCCCAUCAUUUUACUGACAGUAUCCUUUCAGCCCUGGAAGAGUUAGUCAGUGAUUCUUGUGAAGAAGCAGAUGGCUGCCCUAUCAUUCUGACUUGUGGACCUCAGGACGUUGGAAAGUCAACCUUCAAUAGAUACCUGAUUAACCAGUUAUUAAAUAGUGUUUCCUGCAUUGACUAUUUGGAAUGCGAUCUGGGACAGACAGAAUUUACUCCUCCGGGUUGCAUUUCUUUACUUAAUAUUACAGAGCCAGUUCUAGGACCACCUUUCACCCACCAGAGGACACCGCAGAAAAUGGUUUAUUAUGGGAAACCUGCUUGUAAAAAUGACUACGAGAAUUACAUUGAGAUAAUAAAGUAUGUGUUCAGCUCCUACAAGAGAGAGUCCCCACUUAUCGUCAACACAAUGGGUUGGGUGACAGACAAAGGGCUUUUGCUUCUCAUCGACCUGAUCCGACUGCUGUCUCCCAGCCACGUCGUUCAGUUCACUUCUGGCCGAAGUAAAUACAUGCCAAACCUCACCCCCAACUAUGUAGACGACACGGACGGCCUGUACACGAAGAGCAGGUUCAAAAUCAGAAACCGAGGCUUCUGUCUGCCAGAAUUUGCAGAGUAUUUUGAGUUUGCUGAUGAAGAAAAAGAGAGUCCAGCUUUCUUUUCUGGACAUAAACUGCUAUGUGUCCAGUCGGACUUUGCAUUUAGAAAAACUCCAAGAAAUAGAGACUCACAUAACAAAAUUCUCCGUGACUUGGCGGUCUUGGGUUACCUUGGCCAGCUGCAUCCCCCAGUGCCGAAACCACUUUAUCCCUUACAAGGUCUGACACCCUAUCAGGUCCCUUUCAACGCCGUCGCACUUCGCAUCACCCACGCUGAUGUCGCUCCUACCCACGUGCUGUACGCUGUGAAUGCCAGCUGGGUGGGUCUUUGCAGGAUCCUGGAUGAUGUCAGAGGGCAUGCACGUGGGCCCAUCCUGCUUGCCCAGACUCCAAUCUGCGACUGUCUGGGGUUUGGAAUCUGUAGAGGAGUUGACGUGGAGAAGAGGCUUUACCACAUCCUCACCCCUGUGCCCCCGGAGGAGCUGAGAAACGUGAAUUGCCUGCUGGUCGGAGCCAUUUCUGUCCCACACUGUGUCCUGAAGAACCAGCGUGGGCCCGAAGGGAUGAUACCUUACAUCACAACAGAUUAUAAUUUAAAACUUCCUGGAGCUACAGGGAAAAUUGGAACAAGAGAAACUGAGGAAACAUGUAAAGAGAAACUACACCUAAGACCUAAAUUCUAUCGAAAAAGAAACUGAUGUUUUUAAUAAGGGAAGGAACUUUUGUACCAGAAAGCUUGACUUUGUCUCCAGCCUGACAGCAGCAGAUGGCACCCUCGUGGAAGUGUUUAUAGUAAAUUUAAGUCCCUUCUUAAAGCUACGUGACCCAAAGUUUUGCCUUAGUCUGCUGUUUGAUUAGUCAUACUUGAUGUUAUAUUUUUUAAAGGGAAAAAACAUCAGGGAAAAGGUACUCCAUUAAAACAGAAAGGAUACAGUCGAUUCCUUAAAAAGUUCUUUGAGGACGUGGUUGUUGGAAUCUGGAUAAAAAUGGGGAGACGGGGGCCAUAAAAAUGUACCCAGGAGGCAGGAAGGCUGGCCAGCGGAGUUGUAAGUCUAACAGGAUGUGGAGACACGUCUUGGUUGGUCCUCGCCCAGUGAUGUCAGACUGGGGUGGGAGACCCCAACGGUGGGUCGUUCUCAUCCCCUGAUCAUGUGAUGUUACCCACGUUCACUUCCAUUCCUAUGGGCUAAGUGUUAAAGGUCAUGUUUGGGCUUUAAAUUUAGUCAAGGUUUAAUAGAAGAAAGUUUGGAGUCCUUUACUUUUUUUUUAUUUUUUUAAAGAUUUUACUGGGGAAUUGGGGAAGCAGAACAGACAAGUUGCUUUCCU